CUGCCGGUAUAAAAGGCGCUGCAACUUCGAAAAUAACACACACAUCAGCCAUGUAUCGUCUGGGAAGUUUACUCGUAGCUAUAGCUGUGGCCGGGACCGUCGGUGCCCAAUGCCCCGCCACGUUCUUCGAGGCCGGGGGAGGCUGCUUCCACGUCAUAGACACCGGCGAGACGGACAUCACGUGGGAAGACGCUCGGGAGACGUGCAUCGGAUUGAGCGACAGCGAGUGGAACGUGGACCUGGCUUCCCUGGACUCCACGGCGCAGCUCGAGGCCUUCGCGGAGGCGUGGGCUACAGCGGGAGCGGACUACAGGCCCUACGGUUACAUGUGGGUAGGCUUCACCCGCGAGACCGGCGAGUGGGCCAACCUGGAUGGGGUGCCCUUGUCCACUUACUCCAACAUGUGGCGGGAAGGUCAUCCACACGACAUGAACAUGCACGUUUACAUCGAGGACGUCACCAUGACCUCUGGUGAACAAUCAAAAGGACGAUUCUAUGCUUCAUGCACGAUGAAUGAGACACUCGAGAGAGCACUGUGUCGGGCCCUUGCAGGGGCACUUAUAUCUGCAUAUCAAAUUUUAUAAUAGGUGUUUAUAAUACUUAUAAAAAGGGUUUAUGAUUGUGGUGUUUCUGUUAGAAAUACUAUAAUCUAGAUAUCAUGAUUAGAGUUACAAUUAUUUAUGAGUAAAGUAAAAUUAUAUUGGACGGAUUUAAAAAUAAUAAUGCAAAAUAAAGUUGAAUUAC